UGUUUUGGACUCUGCUCUGAUUGCAGAGGUCACCACAAACAGAGACGAGGAGUGAAGCUUCUUCACAAGUGCUCAAGAGCCGCGGCGAGGGAGACCCGUGUGGAUUCGGGCAGGAGCUUUGCUCCCGUGGAGCCCAGGCCAUAUAAGACGAUCAGCACCACCCGCCUAGGACACCUUUAAUGAAGAAGACAUGGAUGAGUUUGGAAAAGUGGCCUACAAUGUAUUGUGUGUAUGGCUGACACUUGUAGCCGUGCUGAUUAUGGUGCCCGCAAUGUUUGGCAUCUCUCUGGGCAUAAAUGAGAUGUACAUGAAGAUUUUAGUGAAGACUCUAGAGUGGGCCACGUUAAGGAUUCAGAAAGGUGUAAAGGAAAUUGAGAGACUUCAGAGGGCAGCAACGAAUGGAAUUAUCCAAAGAGAUGCCGGCUUUUCCAUUGAAAAAGAGAUCGCAGAGAGGAAGGCUCGGAGAAAAGCCCAAAUCAGUGGCGAUUUUGAGUUCAGUGACGUAUUCUACUUCAGCAAGAAGGGCAUCGAGUCCAUUGUGGAGGAUGAGGUGACUCAAAGGUUCACUUCUGAAGAGCUGGUCUCUUGGAACCUCCUGACUAGAACCAACAACAACUUCCAAUAUAUUAGUUUUCGUGUCUCCUUAAUAUGGGUGCUGGGGGUCUUCAUUCGUUACUGCAUCCUCUGCCCUCUGAGGGUUACGCUGGCAGCAAUUGGUUUAAGUUGGCUUGCGAUUGGAACCACCAUUGUAGGACAACUGCCGAGCAGCAGGUACCAGUGAAAAAACCUGCUGAGUGAGCUCGUCCAUCUAAUGUGCUACAGGAUCUGCGCGAGAGGUUUGUCUGCUACCAUCCAGUACCACAACAAGGAAAACCGGCCCAAGAAAGGAGGAAUAUGUGUUGCCAACCACACCUCUCCCAUCGACGUUGUCAUUUUAGCCAAUGAUGGUUGUUACGCUAUGGUGGGCCAGGUCCAUGGAGGCCUCUUGGGAGUUAUGCAGAGGUCUAUGGUAAAAGCUUGUCCACAUGUCUGGUUUGAGAGAUCAGAGAUGAAGGACCGGCAGCUGGUGACUAAACGGUUAACAGAUCAUGUUUCUGACAAGACUAAACUUCCGAUAUUAAUUUUUCCAGAAGGCACCUGUAUAAAUAACACGUCAGUGAUGAUGUUCAAGAAAGGCAGCUUUGAAAUAGGAGGGACCAUUUAUCCUGUAGCGAUUAAGUAUGACCCCCAGUUUGGAGACGCCUUUUGGAACAGCAGCAAGUACAGCAUGGUCAGCUAUCUGUUGAGAAUGAUGACCAGCUGGGCCAUUGUCUGCAAUGUCUGGUAUUUGCCCCCCAUGACAAGACAGGAAGGAGAAGACGCAGUCAGUUUUGCCAACAGAGUGAAAUCAGAAAUUGCCAGACAAGGCGGCUUGGUGGAUCUCUCCUGGGAUGGCGGCCUGAAAAGAGCAAAAGUCAAAGAAACCUUCAAAGAAGAGCAGCAAAAGACGUACAGCAAGAUGAUUGUCGGCGACGACGGAAACUGAAAAAGAAGAGCGAACACCCGAGCCUGCACUGUUUGUGGAUUGGAGACACAAAACCCCAAAUGGACAGCUGAGUAUGCGACCCACCAGAAACAUGCAGUGCACAAAAUCAACUCGAGAAAAGUAUUUCUCUCGAACCUGACAUCAUACGCCGUCAAUCCCUCUCUAAAAAAAAUUGAGAUUAUUUUUGUAUAAAUUUGCUUGUUAUUACAUCAGACGUCAUCCUAAAACCUUUUGAAAAUAUUGUUUUCCUUUUUCCUUGAAAUAAACAGUUUCUGUGUUAUAA